UCCUCUGACACCACACCAGGACCUGGAGCAGGCAGGAAUGGGGGCGAGGGGCUGCCUGGGGCCACUGCUGCUGCUGCUGCUGCUGCCCCUGCCUUCGGCAUGGGCCUGGCUCCAGCCAUCGAUCAUCGGGGGACACGAGGCCAAACCCCACUCCCGGCCCUACAUGGCGUCCCUGCAGUUUGGGGGGGUCCACGCCUGCGGGGCAGCGCUGCUGCACCCGCGCUGGGUCCUGACGGCCGCCCACUGCCUGGCCCGGGGGACAUUGGCCAACGGGAGAGUGGUGGUGGGGCUGCACAGCCUGCGGGACCGCGGGGCGGCCACACAGACCCUCCCCAUCCGGGCAGCCUGUCCCCACCCCGGCUACGACCGAGGGACGAUGGAAAACGACCUGCUCCUGCUGCAGCUGGAGGGGACGGUGACGCUGGGCCGGACGCGGCGGCUGAUCGGGCUGUCGGGGCGGGGGCCGGCGGCGGGGGCCGCCUGCAGCCUGGCGGGCUGGGGGCUCCGCGGGCGCGGGGGGCUCUCGCCCACCCUGCGGGAGCUGGAGGUGAAGGUGAUGGACCCGCGGAUGUGCAACAACAGCCGCUUCUGGGACGGCGGCAUCGCCCCCACCAUGAUCUGCUUCCAGGGGCAGCCCCGGGGCUCAGCCCCCGCCAAGGGAGACUCGGGGGGCCCGUUGGUGUGCGGGGAGCGGGCGGCGGUGGCCGGGGUGAUGUCCUUCAGCGGCCCAGAUGUCACCGACCCCUUCAAGCCGCCGGUGGCCACCUCGACCACGAAGUACAAGAAAUGGAUCCAGAAAACCCUGCGGAGGAGCUGCAAGUCCCCCCGGCCCCCAAGAGACUGAGCACCCCUUCCUAUUUA